AACUAAGCAAAACCUCAUCAACUCCCUCGCAACUUUCCCACCACAUGAAUUGUAUAAAAACCAUGCUUACCCCAAGCUCUGUUCUUCAUCCACUUAACAAAAACAUGGCCUUUGUUCAACAGAAACCGCUCUUAUUUAGCCUCAUAAUCUUCUGUUUUAUAGCCGCAGCCUCGUCUCGGGGACCCAUCUACGCGCCUCCCAAUGUCCCGCGCUUAACUGACAGUUUCGGGCACGUUCCGAUUGAUCAAGGCUACUCUGAAUUUUUUGGACACCCCAAUAUCCAGCUGACGAACAAUGGCUCCAAUGCCAAUCUCACUCUGGACAAGGUCUCUGGCUCUGGAUUGGCCUCUAGGAGCAAAUACAAGUAUGGGUUUUUCAGUGCUGCAAUAAAGCUACCUUCUGGUCUCACAUCUGGAGUUGUUGUAGCUUUCUAUCUGUCUAAUGCAGAUGUUUUCCCACACAACCAUGAUGAAAUUGACGUAGAAUUGCUUGGUCAUGAGAAGGGAAGGGAUUGGGUGCUGCAAACUAAUAUUUAUGGCAAUGGAAGUGUGCAUACAGGGAGAGAAGAGAAGCUUUACCUAUGGUUUGACCCAACACAGCAAUUCCAUUUAUACAGUAUCCUCUGGAACAAUCACCAUAUAGCGUUUUUUGUGGACAAUGUACCGGUAAGGGAGUUCAUCCACAGUAAUGCUAGCUCUUCCAUUUACCCAUCAAAACCGAUGUCGGCUUAUGCAACAAUAUGGGAUGCAUCAGAGUGGGCUACUCACGGAGGAAAAUACCCGGUUAAUUACAAGUAUGCACCAUUUGUCGCUUCAUUUGGUGAGAUGGAAAUGGAGGGCUGCAUAUGGAAUACAACAGGCUCUGCUUCCCCAUGUUCUAGGAGAAGUCUUUCGAGCUCGGAUCCAGUUGAUGGAGAAACUUUUGCCAAGCUAUCACAGGAACAGAUCAAUGGGUUGCAAUGGUCAAGGAGGAAACUUAUGUUUUACUCAUACUGUAAAGAUACUGCCAGAUAUAAAGUUAUACCGCCAGAGUGCAAAGACAGUAGUUAAUUAAUCCACAAAUCGAAUAGUAUUCUUUAUUUUUUCAAUAAACAAAGAUCAAUCGAAUCCUU